AUGAUAAGGAUACGGAAUCAGACACUUAAUAUCCUUCCCAAAAUUACCCCCAUCUCAACAAGACCUUUCCUUCAAUCAAAAAUCUUAAUAAAUUAUAGAUUUAAUAGUUAUGCACAUUUAAAAGAGACAAAAUUAACAAAUGAAGAAAUUACUAAGAUAUCUGAUAUUAAUAGAAAUUUUUUAUUAGCAAAAGGUGAACAAAAUUAUAAUGGUUUUAUAUUACCAGCUUUAUUACCUAUUGAUGAUGAUUCCAUAUUAGCUAAAAUUUUUGAUUUUUCAUCAGAUUAUACAGAAUUAAAAGGAAAACCAUAUUCAUAUCAAACUAUUGAAUGGAGAGGUAAUGCAACUAUAAAACAAUUUGUUUAUGAUUUAUUAUUCUUAAAUAAAUAUUUCAAAAGUGAUGAACGUAAGGAUUAUAUAUUUGAAAAGAUUUAUAAUGAAAAAAAUUUAAUUGAAUUAUCAAAACAAUAUGAACUUUGGAAAAUUUUAAAACCUAAUCAAAAAGGAUUAAGAGAUGAUGAUCCAUUACAUUCUGCUGUAUUUAAGGCAUAUAUUGGUGGGAUGCAUUUACAAUAUGGUGAAAGGGAUGAUCUUUUCCAAGAUUGGUUAGAAAGAUUUUUCGAACCAAUGGUUGAAAAAUAUAAUCAACAAUGGGAUGAAGAAGGUUUAAUUGAGAAACGUACUUAUAUUAUGCAUGAUGAAGCUUUAACAAGGAAAAUAUUUGCUAAAUGGAGGAAAAAAGUUACAGAAGUUAAUGGUAAAGAGCGAUUAAGUACAGUUACUAAAUGUCAUUUGAAAUUCCAAACAAGGGAAUUUUAUAAAGAGAAUAGGAAAUAUAAAGUAAGUGAAGUUAUAAUUAAUAGAAGAGUUUUGGGUGAAGGUAAACCAUCAACAAAGAUUGGAGAAGCUGAAAGAUUUGCUGGAUAUGAUGCAAUUAAAUUUAAUAAAUAUUUAGUAUUGGAAUUUAUGAAAGAAAUGAUGGAAAAACAAAGAAAUGAACCACAAAUGAAGAUACUUUCACCAUUAUAUGGAAAUGAAAAAAUAAUGAAUAAUCAAGGAUUUGGUUAUAAAUUGUUUGAAUAUUCAAGUAUUGAUUUACUUCGUGAAAAACCAAAGAAUGUUUGGGAUACUGUUAAUUUAGAGAAAAAGGAAUAUAAGGAACAAAUUGAUCAAGAUGAACAACUUGAUGAACAAUUUGAUGAAGAUGAUGAAUAG